CGAUUUCGCAGGGAGGGUGACGCCGCGGGCCGUUCUACUCGUCACUCGCCGUGCUGUAACUUUAUCCUCUGUUUCAAAGUUCACGCUCUCCACCGCCCUCCUCCUCCUCCUCUUCCUUGGCUACUUGCAGCGUGUGGUGCCAUGCCGCAGUACAAGCUGGUCUACUUCAACCUUCGGGGCCGCGGGGAGCCGGUGCGCUGGGUCCUGGCCGCCGCGGAGCUCCAGUACGAGGACGUCCGCUACAACAAGGAUAAAGAAUGGCCCUUCAAGAAGCCAGAGACACCGUACGGUCGGGUUCCUGUCCUUUACGUUGACGACAAGCCGCUGAACCAGAGCGUUGCCAUCUGCCGGUACCUGGGGCGGACCCACGGGCUGGCGGUGGACGACCCUUGGGAGGCCGCCAAGGGGGACGAGGUGGCCGACGCCGUGCACGACCUCCUCCCGCACGCCGCGCAGAUCAUAUACGCCAGAGCUGCGAACGACAUUGACCGCGCCAAGAUGCUCGCCACCGACUUCAGCACCACCACGCUGCCGCCCGUCCUGAGAGAGCUGGAGCGGCGGCUGGAGGGGCGAGAGUGGUUCUGCGGCUCCAAGAUGACGUGGGCGGACGUAUUCGCCGCCUGCUACCUCAGCCAGCUCGCCGCCCAGUACGAGGGCUCCCUGGACGUCGUUCCUCGCGUCAAAAAGCUCGUGGACAAGGUCGUCAAACUCCCGCAAAUCGAAAAAUGGCUAAAAGAACGACCAGAGACUCCCAUGUAGAACUCCAAGCCGUGUGGAGGCCGCCACCGCCCGCCACCCCUCUCCUGCGCCGCCCCUUCGCCCUGACGCUGCUGCACGUCGGCGGCGGGACGCACAGAAUACCACGUUGACGUGCUGGAGGCGCAGGGACGCUCUGAGGAUGACUCUGGACGGCGGCUUAAGGUGUGCACAUGUCACUAGGACCUGCGCACCUUAACUAUCUUCUUGUUUCUACUAAUACGGUGUAUACUCGUUCUCUUGAACCCUGGAUGGUACGUGUCUACUAUCGCGCCUCUGCUGGUUGGAGGAUGGCGGGUGUCUGGCGCCCCGCCGCGAGCACACACACACACACACACACACACACACACACACACAGCCCGACAGCCAGUCACGCUGCACCCUGAUUACUUGGCUCCCUCCCUCCCUUCCCUAUAUACACGCACUCACACCCACCCAUCCAACCCCCCCCCCCCCCCCCACCCACACACACACACACACACACACACACGACACAUUUCUACAUUAAAAUUUCAAGCUAUAAUCAAAAGCUUUGAUUCUUCAGCAACACGAGAAUCUGAUGCUCUUUUUUUGUAUUGUUUUAUGGUGAAGAGUAAAUCACUUCAGAACCAAAACCCAAAACUUCUAAACUAACUUUUUUCAGCCACUUCCACCACCCUCUAUAGCAGCAAGACCAGACUGCAACAAAACAUAUCGCUCAAACGGUAAACAUAGCACUACACAAUCAGCUUCCCGCCCCGUGAACCUGCCUUGACAUGACAGCUUACACUGACAGCUGUGAGGGGUCGCAGCUCCCCCAUCUUCAGUGUGUAGCAGAGUGGGUGUUUCAGAGAUAGCAGGAUAAGGCUUCAGUGUAUCCCCAUGAACGGUAUUGUCCUCCCUCUACCCCCCUCGCCCCCGUGAACUAGUGUAAUGUUAGAACAGCUCAGUGUUUUGCCGCAGCCAAGUCAGCUCAAAUUUGAUUAGGCGCCAACGUUCACUAGGCGCGGCGGCCAUGAGGCCCGCCUCUGUGUCGUCCAGGAAGAGAAAACUUGUAGCCGUGACCCAGGGUGUGGCCGAGCCCUAGGCUGUAGGGUGUGACCUCAGGGUGUGGCGCUGUCCUGGUGUGCAGUCCUGUGUGGCCUGAUCCUGAAAUUUCGUGCCCUGAGGUAAUGAGUAAUAACCGCGGUGGUCAGCCCACCCUGGAGCAGGCGUGCCCGUCCCCAGCACCUUACGCUUCCUCUCCUAGCAGCCCUAGUCAGCGUCCCGCCCGUAGCCCCGCCAUGCCCACUAAACAGUCACAACGCGCGAGCACUCCCUCUCCCGUGUGGCACCUGCUGUGGCGGUGGCCGAGGAGUAGUGACUCUCUUGCUUCCUGAAGACAUUAGCGCAGUAGCUUUUGCUAAAUAAAAAAUGUAAUCAAACCAUAUAAAAGAUAGAGAUUACUAGUUUUGCCAGUUUGAAGAAACAAUAGUAAAAUAAGACCGAGCUUUGUGAGGAGUUUGUGCUGUGUUAGUUCAGCAUCCACUUCCGCAUCCACCUCGGCCCACCACAGUCCUGCGAGCGCCGAGUGCCGCCACGCACCCUUCGCCCUCCAGCCCAGAGUUCCCCAUAACCAUGAGCCGCUGGAGCUCACCACCACCCCCUAACCCUCGCCCUUUGCCUCAGUUCUCGAUAGAAUAAGUCUUGACUUUCUGAAAUUUCCGCUGGACGCCUCCCGUGACGCUAAGCCAAUAUCCCGGCUUAAGUGGACCGUCAGGACCCAACGUAAACACACCUCCAGGGACUGAAGUGCUCCUCUUUCCUCUGACUCUCUUACCUGGUGGCAUGGAGAGCAUUGUGUCCUGACGGAGAGAGUCGCGGGUGUUGCAGCGUCCUGGGAGUGGAGGAAGCGCACCCCUGUAAAGAAAGGUAAACAUUAGUUAGUGCUUGAUGGACAGCUGCCACGAGGAAGCGAGACAACCAGGCGGCGCUGAGGUCACUGCCAGCUGACGGGUGACGGGGUGAGCGGCAAGAAUUCUGCCGCAACUAAUCAGCCAUAUAUAACCUUAAACCACAUUACAUUUCUACCAUCAACAGUAACGGUGGCUUUGCCAAAAAUGGUGAAAGAACGUAUAUAUUGAGUAUUUUGGAAUGAUGCUGCGGGGCUGAAAUUUCCUCUCCUCCGGUCUAUGCAAGUUAUGAAGCAUUGUAACACAUUACCACCCACACAGCCACCAGUGUGUGCGCCCAAAUAAGCCAUAAACGUGAUGCCAAUGGUUAAGGUUGUGGUGGUGGGGGGGGGGGAAGGGAGGGGUGCGGACGCUCCAGUAAUCGCCUUUGGCCGCUCCAAGACGCAACUCAAUGCAUCGCUAAAAACAGUAGCCUUAGCCCCUCCCUCCACCCCUCGCUGGACUGCGGCGGCCCGCGUCGUGAACUUCUACCGUGUUCUACCUCACGGCUGGCACUGAUCUCCCUCCCGCGCUGCAGAUCUUACUCCCUUAUUAUAAUUAGAAGGGAAAAUUAGGAAUCCCCAGCGAUCCCCGAACGUCUCCGAGGCGCCUGUAUCUCGCUGGUCCACAAACUGUUCCGCGGGACAGCCACGAGCCUGAUGCUGUAGCCUUAACCGAGGCCUUAUCACUAUAUCCAAGCCACUGCUAAGUCACCGCUGAGUCACUGCGCUGCGAACCUUCAGGCCGAGUUAUACGUCGUCACUGUGUUCACUGUUGUCAUGAUCUAGUUUUAUACGUCUUAGAGAGCUUUGUACAGUGUCCGAGUGCUUGAUGGAGCCCCGCGGAGUACUUCGGAGCGCCUCCUAGGAGCAGUCCUGUGUCCCUCACUCCUGCAGACCGCCGGGGACUCUUGACACAGGACGACAGGGAGCUGCUGAGACUCCUCGAUACCUUUACGAAGCACCAUAGUCCGUGGGCCACGAGGACUGGCGUCGGGACCCUCACUGGACGCUGCAGGCCACAGCGGGCACCGAGCCCCUGCCCCACCAACGGCCCCGGCGCCAGGAGUGUCAAGACCGCUAGAUGGCCACAGUCGGCGCCCUCCAAUACUCAUGUCCUGUGCAAAUAUUCUCUCAACACGCUCGUCAUCAAUGCCUGCAGAGUAAGAUAAAUACAUCGAUGGAAGAUAUUCACUUUUAUUUUAUAUUCGCAUAGGCCUAAUGAUCAAACAGAAAUUACAUGAAUAACUGAUUGAAAAUUCAGAGUGGGUUUUGACCAUUAGUUGCGCCCGAGUGGCGGAAAAUUACAAUUACACGCUAUUGCUCGGCACAGAUAAACAAUAUUAUCUCUACUUAUCACUAUUAUUAUUAUUAUUAUUAUUAUUAUUAUUAUUAUUAUUAUUAUUAUUAUUAUUAUUAUUAUUAUCAUCAUUAUAUCAUUAUUAUUAUUAUUAUUAUAAAUAUUAUUAUUAUUGAUUAUGGUAGUGAAAAAUUACAUUUCACUGGUCAGUAUAAAUAAAUAUUACCAACAUAAUUAUCAUUACAGUACUAUUACUCCUAUUUCUAUUAUCUUUAUUAUCAUUAUAACUAUUAUUAUCAUUAUUUUAUCAUUAUUAUUAUCCUCAUUACACUAAUUAUCAGCAAGUGUAAACACUAAUGGUCCACACAAAGGCCUGUCAUCUGUCUGCCACUUUUAUACUCCUGAGGGGAACACAAACAGCCGUUCACGGUAACUAAAUAAAACCUAUUUUUUAAGAGCUUGAAAUUUGCGAGAAAAGAAACACUAUUGAAGCAUAACGUGUAAGUGUUAAGUGGGGAAGGUGUGUGUUACAAAGAUGUAUUGUAUAUUUUGUGUUCAUAUUUUAGUUAUAAAUGAAAGAGAAUGUCAUUAAAUCUGUUGGUCAACAUGACAGAA